AUGGAUAUUUCCCAUCAUUCCACCAUCCUCUUCAGCUGCCUCACUUUCUUGCUCUUCCUACCUUCUUCCAAACCAAUUUCCGAUUAUAGCACAUUAGUCUACAAAACCUGUGCAACCCAAACCUUCAACCAUCAACUAUCUCAAUCUUAUUCUCAAACACUCUAUUCCCUAUUCCAACAACUCAUUUCACAAUCCUCCCAUCACAAGUUCUUCAAAACCAUGGAACUUGUCAAUGAUGACACAGCCAUCUCUGGCCUUUUUCAAUGUAGGGAUGAUAUCAGCAAAGAAGAUUGUUUCACCUGUGUAAAUCUUCUUCCUCAUAUGUCAAACACUUUGUGUAGUGACUCCACAUCAGCACGGGUACAACUUCACGGUUGCUACAUUCAAUAUUACACUGAUCAGAAGCUUACAGAAAGAAGUGAUUAUCAAUCUAAAAGUAGCAAUAUGCUUCACAAGGUCUGUGGGGAACCCUCUGUGGCUUAUGAUGACAAGUUUAGAGAGUUAAUGGACGAGGCAUUUGUUGCUCUGGAAAGUGAAAUUCGGAACAGUGAUGGGUAUUAUAGCAUGAAUUAUAAAUCAGUGAAAUUGAUGGCACAGUGUGCUGGUGAUUCAGAAGCUUGUGAAUGUAGUAAAUGCGUUAGCAAUGCAGUGCAAGUUGUUAUGGAAGAAUGCGCUAGUUCACUUUCAGCACAAAUAUAUUUCGACGAGUGUUUUGUAAGCUAUACAUACCAGCCAGAAUUAGAUGGCGUUCCUCGAAACUCUGUUCCAGGAGCAAGCAGAAACAACACCACCGAAAAGUUGGCGGCAAUAGUUGUUGGAGGGGCUGCAGCUCUGUUUUUGGGUUUUAUUUUGUUAUCGAUGCUUAACUAG